AGCCGAUCCUACUGCAGGGCCAUGAGCGGUCCAUUACGCAGAUUAAGUAUAACCGCGAAGGAGACCUCCUCUUUACUGUGGCCAAGGACCCUCCUGACGUGGUGGCUCGUGCCUGUGGCCUCAGCUGCUUCGGAGUCUGAAACGAGAGGAUCGCUGGAGCCCGGUGAGCUGAGAUCGUGCCACUGCACUCCAAGAAAAGCAAGAGACAGUUGCCGGGCGGGGUGACUCAAGCCCGUAAUCCCAGCACUUUGGGAAGAUCGUCAAUGUAUGGUACUCUGUGAAUGGUGAGAGGCUGGGCACCUACAUGGGCCAUACCGGAGCUGUGUGGUGUGUGGAUGCUGACUGGGACACCAAGCAUGUCCUCACUGGCUCAGCUGACAACAGCUGUCGUCUCUGGGACUGUGAAACAGGAAAGCAGCUGGCCCUUCUCAAGACCAAUUCGGCUGUCCGGACCUGUGGUUUUGACUUUGGGGGCAACAUCAUCAUGUUCUCCACAGACAAGCAGAUGGGUUACCAGUGCUUUGUGAGCUUCUUUGACCUGCGGGAUCCAAGCCAGAUUGACAACAAUGAGCCCUACAUGAAGAUCCCUUGCAACGACUCUAAAAUCACCAGUGCCGUUUGGGGACCCCUGGGGGAGUGCAUCAUCGCCGGCCAUGAGAGUGGAGAGCUCAACCAGUAUAGUGCCAAGUCUGGAGAGGUGUUGGUGAAUGUUAAGGAGCACUCCCGGCAGAUCAAUGACAUCCAGUUAUCCAGGGACAUGACCAUGUUUGUGACCGCAUCCAAGGACAACACAGCCAAGCUUUUUGACUCCACAACUCUUGAACAUCAGAAGACUUUCCGGACAGAACGUCCCGUCAACUCAGCUGCCCUCUCCCCCAACUAUGACCAUGUGGUCCUGGGCGGUGGUCAGGAAGCCAUGGAUGUAACCACAACCUCCACCAGGAUUGGCAAGUUUGAGGCCAGGUUCUUCCACUUGGCCUUUGAAGAAGAGUUUGGAAGAGUCAAGGGUCACUUUGGACCAAUCAACAGUGUUGCUUUCCAUCCUGAUGGCAAGAGCUACAGCAGCGGUGGUGAAGAUGGUUACGUCCGUAUCCAUUACUUCGACCCACAGUACUUCGAAUUUGAGUUUGAGGCUUGAGAAGCUGGAUAUCCGGCCGGGCGCAGUGGUUCAUGCCUGUAAUCCCACCACUUUGGGAGGUCUAGGUAGGCGGAUCACCUGAGGUCAGGAGUUUGGGACCAGCCUGACCAACAUGGAGAAACCCCGUCUCUACUAAAAAUAUAAAAAUUAGCCAGGCGUGGUGGCACGCGCCUAUAGUCCCAGCUACUCAGGAGGCUGAGGCAGGAGAAUCACUUGAACCCAGGAGGCGGAGGUUGCAGUGAGCUGAGAUCGUGUCAUUGCACUCUAGCCUGGGCAACAAGAGCGAAACUCCGUCUCAAAAAAAAUAAUAAUAAUAAUAAGCUGGAUCUCCAUCCGGGCCAGAGAAGAUUCUCACAGGUUUUGAACUCUAAGAAAUAAAUUGGUUUGGUAAUAAAUGGCUUCUGGUCAGAUA